AUGGAGGAUUUGGAGCAACUUGGUUUUUCAGAAGAUCAAGAGAUUAAGAGCUUCGAGAUGGGUGAGAAUUGUGACGACAACACACAGUCUAAAGAGCAGAUUGAAGCACAAAUUCAUAAUAGGCAAGAAGCUGCUCCGAGAUGGGAGUGUGCGUUGGUUUAUGCAUAUUCGAACCAGGCUGCUAAAGGGAAAGACUAUCUUCUUUAUGUGCCGUUGGACCGUACCAUCGAGCAUGCUUUCACAUUACUUUGUGAUGAAACGUUCGAUCAGGCCCUAGAAUUCGAAAUUCCUUCCGAGUUUCGUGAUAUGAGCUUCAUUAUAAUCGGUUCUUGUAACGGUGUGUUGUGCUUCACUGAUGCGAAUAGCUUCGGUAGCACUGUAUAUUUGUGUAACCCCUCGAUUAGAAAAUACAGGACCGUAAUUAACCCAAUGUUUGAUGGUGUUGAAUUAUCGUCCCGAGGUGAUGUUGAUUUUGCUUUAGGGUUUGGGUAUUACGAACAGACAAACGAUUACUUGAUUAUUAGGAUUGUUAUCCUAAGUGACGAGGAAGGUGAGGCAACUAAUAAAAUCGAGGUUUAUUCAAUGGUCGCAAAUUCUUGGAAGAAUAUAGAAGUGGAUCACUUUCCAUGGGAAAUGAUCGAAUUAAAAUCGGAAGCUGUGAUGCGUGAUUCGGUUCAUUGGAAGACGGAUCACAAAGAUGGGGACGAGGGUAUUCCAGUAAUUUUGGCGUACCAUAUGGGAGAAGAGGUGUUCCGACAGGUAGGAUUGCCUAAUUAUAAAGCCGAUGGGGAAGACUUGGUCGAACACAUUGGAGUGUAUAAAGGGAAUCUUGCUAUGUUUGUAUUUCAUCAGUCGGAUCACUUUUCUUGGCACAAAAACUGCCACUUGUGGGUAAUGAACGAGUACGGAGUGGUGAGUUCUUGGACGAAACUAUACACAGUGGUAAUAGAUGCUGAAGUCGUUACUCCGAUUAUGUUUACUAACAACGGCGAGAUUAUAUUUGAAGACGGUGAGUGUGAUUUGACCGUAUGCCACUUCGAAAGUAACGCGAUUUCGUACCUUGGAGUUGAAGAUCAAGGUUACCUUAAUUUCGUGACGUACAACGGUAGCCUUGUUAUGUUGGAGGACUAA